AACAAGUGCAGAUGGAGCAAGAUACCGCCAAGACCGUUGCGAGACCCGAUGGUGUGCAGUGGGUGGAUUUCAACCGGGUCGGCGUGCCGUUGAUUGAGAUCAUUACCAGGCCCGAGAUCCAUCACCCAAGGACAGCUGCCGCGCUGGUGCGGAAGAUCCAGCAUUACCUCAAUUCCGUGGACGCCUGUGUCAGCGGGAUGGAAGCCGGUGGUCUGCGAGCCGAUGUCAAUGUCAGUGUAAGGAGGAAAGGCCAGCCGUCGUGGCAGACCCUUCCGUUGGGCCAGAGGACGGAGAUCAAGAACCUGAGCUCUUUCAAGGCUGUGGAGGACGCUAUCAUUGCCGAGAGGGACAGGCAGAUCCAAGUCCUCGAACAGGGCGGCGUCAUUCUCGGCGAGACCCGUGGCUGGUCCAUCGGCGGCACGGAGACGACACGGCUGCGCGGAAAGGAGGGCGAGGUGGACUAUCGAUACAUGCCAGACCCAGAUCUAGCACCACUGUACAUUGGGAAUACUCUGGUCUCACAUCUUCGAGACAAUAUGGGUAUGCUGCCUGACUCUGAGGUGGACGAGUUGAGCAGCCAGUGGGGCAUCAAGGCCAAGGACGCCAUGGCUCUGAUGCUUCUGGACGAUGGUGGCAGGCUCGAGUACUUUUACAACGUUGUUCAACACCUGCAGAACCGUCUGGAGGACAAUUGGACCGAAAAUUGUGCGGCUCUAGCAUGCAAUUGGGUCCUCCAUGAGCUCGGUCGCCUCACUUCUGACCGUAACGUCACCGCUGAAGGCAUGGUCGAAUCUUUAGGCAUGACGCCUAAGGGGGAGUGCUCACGUAUUCCGGCCGUACAUCUCGCAGAUAUCCUAUAUUUCCUUCAUGAAGGUCGGAUUUCCGCAGGCGUGGCGAAGGACCUUCUCUUCGCUGUGUUCCGUGGUGCCCUCGACAGUGCAUCACCCGAGAGCUAUGCCAGCAUUGAGGAGGCAGUCGACAGAGAGGGCCUCUGGUUCAGCAGGCUCACGCCGCAGGAGUACGAUGAGUUGGCCAACCAGGUUCUGGAGGGCGAGGAAACGGCGCUUGUAAACAAGUUCGAGCCUUAUUUUUCGGGCAAAGUGAAGAAAUACCCAGAAGGUCAGCUACAGCGCCUUGUCGGCAAGAUGAUGAGGGAGGGACCCGCGGAGAGGAUUGACCCCAAAACUGCGCAGCUUGUCCUGCGGAGGGUCAUUCAGGAAAGAGUGGAGGUCUCGGCAGAGUAGCGGCACUGAAUUGAGAGUCUCGCCUGUG